AAACCAGUCGAUCCAGAAUGGUCGAUAUCGAAAUGAGCGUGCGACGUUCAAAUUGAUAAGUGGGAUUGCACCGUCGAUUUGCUCCUCUUUUAUUGACGAUAUGAUUCAGAUAUGAGUAAUACAACUAACAGAGAAGCCUCGAGAAGUUCGGAUACCCCGAAACAGCGAGGUUCCGCGGAUCAUACGUCCGUUAAUCAUUUCGAUCGUAGAAAUUCCGAUAAGAAGUCUCUAUUUUCCGCGAUGAAGCAGAAGAUUAGAUCGAAGUUGCCCACCUUUCAUAAUCCUUUGAAGCGUUUUAUGAAAUCGAAGAGUGAGAGGGAAACCAAUUCCGAAGUGGAGAACGUGAAUCACUGCGAAAUUCAUCCGCGCGUUCUCGAGGAAAUCGACGAGCUCGCGAAUCUUAGCAGUGCGUCCACGCUGAACGAGCAAGGUACAACAAAGAGCAAUUCCUCGGAUUAUCGGUCCGAGCAUCAUCCUGUGGAUGCUGCAAGGACGCGCGAAUCUUACCAAGACCUCGCCAGUUAUUUCUCCGAAGUCGACCCCGAUGAACCCUCGACCUCCGCUACGAACACUAUCGUCCUCUCCGCGAGUACCUUCGAUCGCGAUGUCGAGAGAACGGAGCCGAGUGAGAAUCUGCAAAGCACGACAAUGACAUCGACAACUUCCACAUCGUUCGGAAGCGAGAUAACCGACAUCGUCUCGAAUUCCAUGAACACCGAGGAAGUAUCGGACGCGGAUUUCACGGACACGCUGCAGCGUGGCACCAUUGUCGCAAUGGCUCCGAUGGAACUGACAUUUACCGCUCAAUUAGGGAACGAGAUUAUCAGCGUGUCCGAGACUACGGAGUCAAGAACGCGGGAUCAGAGAAUAGGUCGGGACGAUCCACGGGAAUUUUACAACAGUACUUUACGCAUGGUGAUUCGCAAGCCGAUAUGUCCGCAGAACGACGAGCCCAGUAUAUACUGAAGUUACAUCGCAUGCAGUAAUUAUCGCGACCUGCAGCACGCAAGGAAUCUGUUUUUUCGCGAGUACUCAGAGCUUAAUGAACUCUGUCGAUAAGAAUUUGGCAAAUAAAGCUUUCGCAUAAACGCA